AGAAAGCAAAACGAUCAUAGGGUUCUCAUUUCAACCUCACUCUCCCAUUGAGAGCUGGGAUCUCAGUACUCAAUCUUUGAAACAAAAGAACUCAAGGAAGGCAGAUCAGUAGGAUCGAGUAAAGCCAAGCAAGCGGAAUAUGGCUUCUCCGGCCGCUCAAGCAGCAGCCAGUUCUUCAUCUACAUCUCUCCCACCUUUAUCUACUGAUCAGCCAAAUCAUUACACCUACGAGGUCUUCCUGAGCUUUCGGGGUGAGGAUACUCGCUAUGGUUUUACAGAUCAUUUGCACAGCGCUUUGUAUGAGAAAGGAAUCAAGACCUUCAUUGAUGAUGAGCUCCGGAGAGGAGAAGAAAUAUCAUCAGCCCUUGUCAAAGCAAUUGAGGAGUCCAGAGUUUCAGUUGUCGUCUUCUCGCAAAACUAUGCUUCGUCAAGGUGGUGCUUAGAUGAACUGGUCAAGAUACUUGAAUGCAGAAAAUCAAAAGGGCAAGAGGUCAGAUCAGUUUUUUACAAGGUGGAUCCUUCAGACGUACGAUACCAGAGAGGCGCUUUCGGGAAGGCAUUUGCUAAGCUUGAUCAACACAAACACAAGGAUAGCAUGGAGAAGUGGAAAGCAGCUCUUACGGAAGCAGCAGAUUUGUCUGGUUGGCCUUACAAGGAUGGCGAGUACGAGGCCAAAUUUAUUAAGAAGAUUGUUGGGGAGUUGUCCGCCCGAGUAGUAAACCCUUCAUGUGAGUUGCACGUAGCCACACAUCCAGUUGGAUUAGGCUCUUGUACAAAAUAUGUCAUCCAACUUUUACAGUUGACGAAGGAAAAUGUUAAUGUUCGUAUGGUAGGUAUAUGGGGGCCUGGUGGAAUAGGAAAGACCACAAUUGCCAAAAAUGUGUUUAAUUCAAUUCGCCAUGAGUUUGAAGGUAGCUGUUUCUUGGAAGAUGUAAGAUCUAAUUCAAAUGGCCUAGAACAAUUACAAGACAGACUUUUGUUUGAUAUCUCAAAGGACUCAACUUUGAAGGUGACCAGUGUUAAUCAAGGAGUCGGUUUUAUAAAGGCAAGGAUGCGACAUAAAAAGGUUCUGUUAGUUCUUGAUGAUGUGAGUCAUUCUAGCCAAUUACAGAGGUUAGCUCCGUCCCCUGAAUGUUUUGGGCCAGGCAGUAGAGUUCUCAUAACAACAAGAGAUACACGUUUGUUAAAAGCUCAUGACGUUGAUGAAGUAUAUGAGGUCAAAAUGUUAAAUUAUUAUCGUGCUUUGGAGUUGUUUAGCUUGAAUGCAUUCAAAAGAAUUAGACCUCCAGACGAUUACCUCGAACUUGCACGACGUGCAGUAAGCUAUGCCCAAGGCCUUCCAUUAGCUUUGGUAGUUUUAGGCUCUCAUCUGUAUCGUAGAAGCAGAGAGGAGUGGAAGGCUACAUUAGAUAGAUGUAGGGGAGAAGAUCCUCAUAGAGAGAUAAGCGUCGUGCUCAAAAUAAGUUAUGAUGCUCUGGGGGUAGAGUUGAAAAGACAUUUUCUUGAUAUUGCUUGUUUCUUCAAGGGCAAGCUUGUAGAUGAUGUGAAACCUAUACUAGAUGCUUGCUAUGACCUCAAAUCAGUGAAGGGUAUAGCACAACUCCAAGAAAAGGCCUUAAUAAGAAUUGAUGGGAAGGGGAGUGAAGAAAGGAUUUGGAUGCAUGACUUGAUAGAAGAAAUUGGUAAAGACAUUGUGUAUCAAGAGUCACCUGAUGAACCUGGGGAGCGCAGCAGAGUGUGGAGUGCAAAAGAUGCCGAUCACGUACUAACAAAUAAUACAGGGACAAAUAAAAUUAUAGCCAUCCAUGGCCAGUUUUUGUGGCUAUCAUCUACAAUAUCUUUGAAUGCUAAAAGUUUCUCCGAAAUGAAGAGUUUGAAAUAUAUUUCUAUGGGUAAGGACUUGAAAUAUGAACAUUUCUCUGGAUGCAUUGAUUAUAUGUCCAAUCAGUUGAGGUGGCUUGAUUGGCCUCAAUGUCCAUUGCAAUCCUUCCCGUCCGAGUUUUGUGCAAACAAACUUGUAAAGCUCAAUAUUCCUGACAGCUGGGGACUGACACGACUAUGGGAAGGGCGUAAGAAUCUUUCAGGGCUUACAUGUAUAAAUUUAAGGGGGUGUAAAUCGUUGACUCAACUCCCAGACUUCAGUAGGAUCCCCUCCUUGAAAGAGUUAGAUCUAUCUGAGUGUAUCAGUUUAGUUGAGGUUCCUGAUUCCGUUGGAUUUCUUGGUAACCUUGUUUCCUUGAAUGUUAACCGCUGUUCUAAUCUAAUUAUGUUUCCGAGAAAAAUCCACUGGAAAUCUAUGAAAACUAUUUCUAUUAACCAUUGUAAGCUUCAGGAGUUUUCAGAAGUGGGGGAAGAGCUGGAUUCAUUAACAAAUUUGGAUCUAUCAGGCACUUGGAUUAAAGAAUUGCCUGCGUCCAUUACAAAUCUUAUUGGCCUGGAGGAGUUGAAACUAGUGAAUUGUCAUGAUCUUACAACUCUGCCGUCUGAUAUAUAUGAGUUGCACAAUCUUAAGGUUCUUGAUGUGAGUGGAUGCUCAAAACUGGCUACAUUUCCAGCAAUUCCAAUGCAGAUGGAUUCUUUGAGACAACUUUUUCUAGAACGUACUGAUAUCAGAGAAUUGGACCAGUCAAUUGGAAAUCUCAUUGGACUUGAAUGGUUGUUCCUCAAUGGUUGCAAAAAUCUUACAACUCUACCAAGCAGCAUUUACGACUUGCAAAAUUUGGAGAAGCUUCAUCUUUCUAACUGCUCAAAACUUGUAAGAUUUCCAACAAAUACCUACACUGAUGAUUGCUCACUAUCACUUCCGAGUUUACGUUGGUUCGCCCUCAGAGGAUGCAAUUUAUCAGAUUGUGAUUUCCUUAUUACUCUUAAUUGCUGGGAAACAAUAGAGCAACUUGAUCUUUCAAGAAACAAUAUUGUCAGUCUUCCUGACUGCAUCAGGAAAAGUGGAAACUUGCGGUGGCUUUCCUUAGAGGGUUGCAAGAGACUCCGAGAUAUUCCAGAGCUUCCACCAAACCUAAUUUACUACACAGGAGCUUCCUUCAACUUGAUCAAGUCAAUUCCAACGUCAUGGCUUUCUUUCUCUUCUGAACCGGUAUCUAUUCGUCCAGCACGUGAGAUGCCAAGGCUUAAUUUCUUCUGAACCGGUUCACUUCCUCCGACAUUUGAAAGGAACCAGUAACUGUGUUUGUCUAUACCAUCCACUUCAAAGUUGAGACAAUAAUAUGAUUUACGCAUGGUUCCGCAUGAGGCAAACAAGAGGCUGAUGCAGGGCUUCUUCAUGGUGUUGGUCAAUCUGGACAGGAGUACCCUCUACUGAUACCUAUGGAUUUAAAUGUAGGAGUAUCAUUAAGAGAAAGUUUAAAUUUCCAGCCGAGCAACUGUUGUUCCAGAAUUUUUAGCUUGAGGUGGCUUUACUUGUGGGAUUGCAAGAGACUCAAAAAAUUUCCGGAGCUUCCAGCAAACUCUGAGGCUCGUUGACACUGUUGAUAGAAGAUGAUGAUGAAGAAGCUUUUAUGGUUUAGAUGCUGAUGCAGGCCCUCUCCAACUUCUUAGAAUCGGUGAAUUCCAAAGCUUUCUUUGGUGAAAGGUUACAGACGAUGACUAGUGUAUUAUUCAAUUGCACGCCUCGUCGUGCAUCAUUUUUUGUGAAGCCUCAAAGAAUGGUGUGGAUUAACUAUAAAGCUACUGUGAGGAGCAGCUGCUAGCCAAAGUUACAACGAAUUGUUUUUUUUUUUUAAAGACAUUACUGGUGAAGCUGUUGGUCGGGUUGGAUUUGGCCUUUUUUGUGGAUUAGUCCUAAAAGUAGAAAGUUUCCGAGCCCUGUGCACAGCAGCACAUAAUCAGUAGCUAGCAGCAAGCUGGACUACCAUUACCAAGCUGUAUUGGCAACAGAUCAUAUGUUGUGGUUGAUGAGGGUUUUCAAGAGUCAUAAGCAAGUAUCAUGAGUCUCUUUAGAGGCUGCUCCAGGUCUGGCUCUGUCCAACAUAUCUAUUCAGCAAAGCUGAUCAAUUGGUAUGACCGUAUGUGUCGACCUUUGAGAAAAAGAAUAACAAUUAAUCAACAUCUUAGAUAAAAUCAACCAGACAUGCCGUCGAACCCUUUUUAAAUGAUUUUCUCCUUUGCACCACCAGUAUGAGAACAACUUGCACAAGAAACAGUCAUCUUAUCUAGAACUUCACCAUAGCGUAACAAAUACUUCGCCAUGUCAAUCUCAUUCGGUGUUCCUUUGAAUCCCUUUAUGGAAAGAGUCUUGAGCUUUUAAGCCAAACAAGUAGGCACAAACUCUGGUCGAUGCGAAGCAUCCGCUUCUGCGUUUGCAAAGUCUAAGACAAGAGAUUCCAGAUUAGGCGAUUUGUUAAGCACGUCUGCUAGCCAGUUCAUGGUAGUUCUCUGCUACUUCUUAUUGAAAACCAGAUCUAGCUUGAUCAGAUUACUAAAAGCAUGAAGCAAAUCGGGCUCAAAAUCAGGAACUGAGAUGGUCAUAUAUCUGAUGACACUAGAAAUACCAUGGAGGAACUCAGCAACACGGUCAGCAGAAGCUUCCUCAAAGUCUUGGAGUUGAACUUUGGCUUGAACUAACAAGUUUGAGUUUUCCCAAUAAUACCUUGACAUAACAUUUCCGGCAACAGAAAGGUUUUCAAGUUUCGGGGCGUCGAUAAGGAAAUUGCAUGGCACCCCACCUUCAGCAGCACAUUCAUCAUAAUAAUCAUCUUGUAAUUCUUGUUCUGUAAUUACGC